AUCAGGUACAUCGCUAUCCACCUUAUCCACUAUUACUCCAAUCCAUUUGACAAAAACUAUCUAAAACGUUUUUUUUUGAUCUUUGAUCCAAUCACAACGCAUAGAUCCAAUGGACAAUAACAACAACAACAACCAACCACCACCACCAACCUCCGUCUAUCCACCUGGCUCCGCCGUCACAACCGUAAUCCCUCCUCCUGCAUCUGGAUCUACAUCAAUAGUGACCGGAGGAGGAGCGACGUACCACCACCUCCACCAGCAACAACAACAACAGCUUCAAAUGUUCUGGAAAUACCAGAGACAAGAGAUCGAACAGGUAAACGAUUUCAAAAACCAUCAGCUUCCUCUAGCUCGGAUAAAAAAAAUCAUGAAAGCUGAUGAAGAUGUGCGUAUGAUCUCCGCCGAAGCACCGAUUCUCUUCGCCAAAGCUUGUGAGCUUUUCAUUCUCGAGCUUACGAUUAGAUCUUGGCUUCACGCUGAAGAGAACAAACGUCGUACGCUUCAGAAAAACGAUAUCGCUGCUGCGAUUACUAGAACCGAUAUCUUCGAUUUCCUUGUUGAUAUUGUUCCUAGGGAAGAGAUCAAGGAAGAGGAAGAUGCAGCGGCGGCGGCUCUUGGUGGAGGAGGUAUGGUUGCUCCAGCCGCGAGCGGUGUUCCUUAUUAUUAUCCACCGAUGGGACAACCGGCGGUUCCUGGAGGGAUGAUGAUCGGAAGACCGGCGAUGGAUCCUAGCGGUGUUUAUGCUCAGCCUCCUUCUCAGGCAUGGCAAAGCGUUUGGCAGAAUUCAGCUGGUGGUGAUGAUGUGUCUUAUGGAAGUGGAGGAAGUAGCGGCCGUGGUAAUCUCGAUAGCCAAGGUUAAGCUAUGGAACCAGAAGCUGAGAGGUUAAAUCAUCAUCGAUCUGAUUACUAUGUCUGUUUUGUGAGAGAGAGAGAGAGAGAGAGAGAACAAAAAAAAGAAAGCUCUUUAUUCUUUCUGUUAACUUAUACUAAGUUAUUGCAGCAAAACUGCAGACUUACUUAACUAUAUAUAUUAAUCUAAUGUGCAGCAGAUUAUAAUUUAUGUUUUUGUAUU